UACAUAGUGGUGUACAUUUUUCUUAUUACGUUCAGGCAAGACUAUUAUGAACUGAUCUUAAUGUCGGGUACACCAUUAUGAAUCGCUCCAAGUUGCAGCGUUUUCUGCUAUAGUGUUGUCAUUUAAUUAUAUACUCACAUGCUAUAAUCUGAUUCAAGUAAAGAUUUGAAUGAUAUAAAAAUUGAAGCAGCAAAGUUUUUAUCUUCUAACCUCAACCAAUAGUUGUAUAAUGUUUUGAUAUUAUGUGCAAUUUUACCUUGAACAGUAUUAAUAUAUAAUGGGAUCCAAAGAUGAAAUUUCGGAAGAAAUUUGGGAUGUUAUGAAAAUAUAUCAGUAUCCUAAAAACUACAAGUAUGCACUUAUUAUACUAAAUCAAAAAAUUCUUCUUCCUGAAGACUAUGUACUGCCUUUGUGGGAAAAAGCCACAGUAACUGUUACAGUUGAUGGUGGAACAAAUUUUUGGUUUGAAUAUAUAGGAGAAUGUGCUGCUGAUGUAUUAUCAGGGUGUAAUACAAAGUAUUUACCCACAAUGGUUACUGGUGACAUGGAUAGCAUUAAGCCAAAUCUUUUAGAGAAGUUGAAAAAAACCAAAACCAAAGUUAUUGUUACCCCAGAUGUAAUGGAAACUGAUUAUACAAAAUCCUUAAUGCAGCUGUAUAAUUAUAUCACUGAAAAUCAAAUUAAGUUAGAUGGAAUACAUGUUUUGACAGAAAUGUCUGGAAGGUUUGAUCAUAUUAUUUCGCAAAUUAAUACACUGCACAAGUGCAAUAGAAUUGUGCACAAAAUACCUGUAGUUCAGAUGACUGGUGGAUCUCUUAUAUGGUUAUUGCAACCUGGAAAUCACAAGAUACUUAUACCGGAUUCAAUUCUUCAAGCAAAAAGCUGGUGUUCACUUAUUCCUUUUGGAAACUCAAAUAAUUGUGUAAUAACUAAAGGACUGAAAUGGGAUCUGAAUAAAAGAUGCAUGAAAUUUGGUGAGCUCAUAAGUACGUCUAAUUCUUUUAGUGGACAAUCAGAAGUAAAAGUAACCACAGAUGUGCCAUUGGUAUGGUCAAUGAGUAUUGAAGUCUUAACAAAGAUAUAUCUUGAAUAGUAAGUAGUUAAUGUUAAUGGUUUCGGUGUGAAAAUCUAGUUGUAAAUAUAGUUUUACUAUACACUCAAAAUGUGAUUAGUCGUUGAGCUUGACAAGUUACUAUUUAAAAAGUUUACAAUGUUAAUUUUUUUGUACUUCUACCAUAGUUUUUUUAUGGAUCGAAUAAACUUUUGUUGCAAUUUGUUAAAAAAA